CGUCAGUACCUCCGAGCUAAGUUCACCAUUGCCAUGGAGGACCUGCUGGUGCACCUCAGUCAACUCGGCCAGGUUGUUCUGAAGGAAGGAGGUCUUCUCACGCUAUGCAAGUCAGCCCCUGAUCAGACUCGUCUUCUUCGUCCUCGCCGCCGAGGGGUUCGUUCAGCCCGUCAGCACCGGCAUUCUGGCCCUGUUGCUGGUUAG